AUGAAAUCUGUUCCAUACGUAUGUUAUGGCAAUUGUUUGUACGUUGAGUCAAAAAUAGCUAAUGUCACAGGUAUUUCAGGAGUUAAUAGUAAAGGUUCAGUAGAAUAUAAAUCCUUCUGUUAUGCAGUAAAUUCAAUGUUCAUUCCAAACGUUCCUGUCAUAGCAACUCAUUUAGGUAAAUGGGUUCACAUUAGUCCUCAUAAUUUGAAAGACAUGCAAUUCAGACUUGUUGACUUUCAAGGAGAGCCUGUAGAACUGAAGGCACCAGUGCGAAUGACUGUUGAAGUUGACUUUUUAGAAAAUAUUAAAUGCAACGGCUUACAAGAGAACUCAGAGCUAAAAAUAUAA